AUGAAGGACAUGCGCUCGCUGCGCUCGCGCCGGCUGUGCUGCCUGUUUCUGGCCGCAGCCUUUUGCCUAGGCGCUUCCUUCACUUUCUCAACGGGCGCGAAUCGGGGCCCCGGCCGGCGCCAGCGUCAGGGCGUGGCCGCCCAAGUCGAGGCGGGCCGUCAGCGCCCUGGGCAGUUCGAGGGCGAAGCGUCCGGGGCCCCCUGGGACCUUGUCCGAAGCGUUCAAGGAGCGUUUUGCUUAUCGCUGGCCUUGCUGGGGGGCCUCACCAGCUUCCCUGCCUUUGCAGAGAGCAAGCGCGUGGUGGGCGAGAUCCCGGCCAGUGGCUUUAUCUUCAAGGACACCAUCAAUGUGGAAGCCUUUGAGGAUCCGAAGGUGACCGGUGUGACGCUGUACAUCUCGGACUUCUCGCGCUCAAUGGCUGACCGUGUCUCCAAAGGCGAUUUUUUUUCGGAUCCCGGCGCCGCGGGACUGACCUGCGCCAAGAGCGGUCCAGUGAAGAUUGCGGCGGACGUCAAGGCCAACAAGGAGGGUGAAGACGUCUUCACCGAGGCGAGAUCUUUGCUCUUCAAAACCUUGAAGGUGAAACGAAUCUAUGACGCAGAAGCCAAGAAUAUCUUGUAUGUGGUCUUCACAGAGCGUCUGGAUACCAAAGACGACAACAACAAGAGCCGUUACAAGAGCCAAGUCUGUGCCCUGCAUGUGGACGGUGUGCAAGACAAGUGA